AUUAGUACUACAUGCAGUAAACUAGUUAUAAUUUUCAUCUCUGAACUAUGGAAUAUAAUAUUCUACAUAACACUCAACAAGAAGGCUGUAAUUUACAAGUUAUCAAAACAAACGAAGAGAAAAUAAAUAAGCUGAAGUUUGGAACAGCAUUUCUUCAAGCCAAACCUGUUGAAAAGUUAUUAUGCAUUGGUAUUAGUGUUGGAAUAUUAAUGAUAUUGGUCUUCUUCUUAGCAAUAGGAAUAGUCAUAUACUAUUCUGGGAAAUGCCAUGGUACUACGUUGACAGAUACUCAACUGAGACAGAUGAUGGUAGAACUGAACCAGGAGCCGCCUGAUAAUUCAGACAGAGCCAAAGGGUCUACUUCGGAAAGUGAAGUAGAUACUGGAUUUGAAAGUACGACACGUGAUACAAACCGAGACGCUCCCUCGACCAGAACAAUCGGAGGUCCGACAUAUAUAAGAUGGGGGAGAACAAUCUGCAGGAAUGACACCGAAUUAGUUUACGAUGGUUACUCAGCAGGGAAGAAAUGGGAUAAAUAUGGUUCGGGCGCAAACUAUUUGUGUCUAACGAAAACUCCAGAAUGGGGAGAUCUACAAAGUCCAAGAGGUACUAUAAGUGAGCUGUAUGGGGUAGAGAUAGAUGCUCCUGAUGUAGCAGACAGUUUAGAAGUUCCUUGUUCUGUUUGUCGACUUUUAUUUCGGUUCUCAUUAGUGAUGAUCCCUGGACGGAAAACAUGCCCUAAGGAUUGGACCGUUGAAUACUGGGGAUAUCUGAUGUCAGAGUCAUCCGUGCACAAGAACAGAAUGAGUACUGAAUACGUGUGUGUAGACAACGAAUGGGAGCACUAUGGGACUACAAAUAAUGACAAUUCAGUUUGGUAUUUUACUAAAGGAAUGUGUGGUUCACUUCCGUGUCCACCUUAUAUCAAUGGUAAACUAUUGACAUGCGUGGUUUGUUCACGUUGAUUGAGUUUGUAAAUGUAGUUGGACUAUGCUAGUGUUCAGUUAAACUACACAUACUAUAAAUAUACACGUUUAAUAAACCAAUGUUGAGAAGGGCAAUUAUCUAACAACUAUACUAUAAUAAGUUGUUUCUGUAAUUGGCCAUAUAUUUUAGUUUUUCAAUACAGUGAUGAAACGUGAUUGGCAUCUAACAAAGACUUCCGCUCUAUUGUUAGGUAUCCGUCUUGGACUUUCAUUGACCUUAGACUUCUUUUUGGGUCUAUAUUGAAGGCCUCAUUGUACUUUUUAUGAAAAUAACAAUCCAUGCGCUGUGUCUUUGCUAAUUUUCAAUGUUUAUGUAGUGAUUUUGUGUUAUGAACAGAUUGAUUGAUUAAUCAAUUGUUGUUUGCUGAAGUCCAGUGUCAAAUAGUUCAUGCAUGAUAUUUAAUUAAGAUAGCACUCACGAUAAGAUGAUGUCAUGAAUGGAUACACCAUAUCGUUUUUGUUUAGGCUAUAACAUAUUAUGUCUUAUAAUCUUUUGUUUUCAGUCGCUUUGAAAUUUAUCCUGCUCUUAUCUAAAAAGAUUAAUCAUUUUAAUAUUUGCACUUUGACAAUCUUU